AUGCUUCUGGCACGCAAUGCGCAGAACUUGAGGUUUAACCGCCCUGCCACUGCUCUGCUUAUCCCAGUUCGGGGGCUCACCACCUCGGGUACCACUACUCAUGGCGGCCCGACGGGUGGCCCACCUCCAGGAUUCGAUGUCGAGAAGGCUAAAAAGCCUCUCCCGAAGGAGCCUUCCCCCAAGCCCAAGAGCAGUGAGGCUGCAUCCAAGCCAGCGGAGAAAACCAGCACCCCCGAGGCCGCUGCUGAUUCUUCUGCUACGCUCUCGCAGCUUGCCGCACAGAAGCCUGCUGCAGAGAAGGUUGAGGCCAAGAAGGAGGAGAAGAAGCUGACGAUCGCACAGAAGAUCAAGAAGGAGGCUCUGCAUUACUGGGAUGGCACGAAACUGCUGGCCGCUGAGGUCAAGAUCAGCUCGCGCCUGGCUACAAAGAUGGCUGCCGGCUACGAGUUGACGCGGAGAGAGCAACGCCAGCUUCAACGUACCGUCCAGGAUCUCGGUCGGCUGGUUCCUUUCUCCAUGUUCAUCAUUGUGCCUUUUGCCGAAUUUCUCCUCCCCGUCGCGCUCAAGAUCUUCCCCAACAUGCUGCCCAGCACAUAUGAGGGGCAAAAGGACAAGGAUAAGAAGGCGAACAUCCUUCGGGCGACCCGUAAGGAGGUCAGCGAAUUCCUCCGCCAGACCUUGAAAGAGACAGGCCUGCCCCUUAGUCAGGCGACGGCCCAGAAGGAAGAGUUUACCAACUUCUUCCGCAAGCUUCGCGCCACUGGCGAGACACCUACGGCCGAUGAUGUGAUCAAGGUCUGCAAAGUCUUCAAGGAUGAUGUGACCCUUGACAACCUUUCCCGGCCGCAGUUGGUGUCCAUGUGCCGGUAUCUCAACCUCAACACCUUUGGCACCGACAUGAUGCUCCGGUAUCAGCUUCGCCACCGCAUGCGGCAAAUCAAGCGCGACGAUCGCGCCAUUGCCUAUGAGGGCGUCGACAGUCUUUCCGUGGCCGAACUUCAGAUUGCCUGCGCCAGCCGUGGCAUCAAGAGCUUUGGUGUCUCGCCUGCUAGGUUACGGGAAGACCUCCAGACUUGGCUGGAUUUGCGACUUCGGGAGGGUGUCCCCUCUACUCUUCUGGUUCUGAGCAAUGCUUAUAUGUAUGGCCAGACCCAGCAGGACAGUAGUGAUGGUGUCUCCAACCAGAUUGAAGCACUUACCAAUGUGCUUUCCUCCAUUCCGGAGGAGCUUUUCCACGAGAUUGAGCUCGAGGUCCACAAUGCUGAGGGUGCUGCCACCAACAAGCAGCGUCUCGAGGUAAUCAAGGAGCAGCAGGAGCUGAUUAACGAGGAGCUGCAGCAAGACCAGGAGAACCAGGCGACAGGUUUCGCUACUCCCCGGGACAUUGAAGACAUUGACGAGAAGGAGGAGAGACAGGUCCAGGCGGAGGCUGAGGGCAUCGAGAAGGCGCAGGUUGCCGAGGCUGUGGAUGCCGAGAAGGAUGGCCUGGAUGCCGCCAAGGUCCUCCAGAAAACCGACUCUGCCGCCGCUGCUAAGCCUAGCGAGAAGCAGCAAUAA